AUGACAAAUUUCUUUAAGGUAUGGACACUUUCAUCUUCUAAUCCUAUUGAAGAAACAGAAUAUGACAACUAUCUUAAUAAUCAAAGAUUAUUAUUUUUUAGAGCAUUAUUGGUUACUCUUAUGUUACCUUGCUUUUUUGGAAUGCUGGUAUUUAUAAUUCAAGAUUAAUCUGCAUAUUUGAGUAUUUUGUUGGCUGUUUUUUUCAUUAUGCACCUUAUAAUAUUGUUCUUUAGCCAGAAAUUUAAAAAUUGUUUAAAGCCUAUUAUUUCAAUUUUAUAUGUUAGUUAUGUGGCAGGAGGGGUAGCCCUAGCUUAUAUUGGAUUUUAAGUGUAAGAAUUUUAUUGAUUUUAAGUCCUCUUUAUAAUUUUGGUAUUACAUCCGGAGUACUGCACUCUUGUGUUUUGUAACAUAGCGAUAAUAGAAUGAAAGUAUUAUAUGUGCUAAUAACUAAUUGGAUAAUAAUAGGUUUCUUUGUUCCAUUUGAACUUGCAUAUAUUUAAUAUAUGGUUUGUUCAUUAUCGAUGUUUUUUUUAUUGGGCGUAUAGACAUAUAUAUAUGAAAGUAAUCGAAGAUCAUAAUUUUUUCUUAGCAAAUAAGUUGAAAUAUAAAAGUAAAAUUUGUGUAUAACUUAGAUCGAUUUUGUAUGAGUUUACAAAUGAUUCUUUAUUUUCUAUUAUGUAUGAUGAGAAUUCAAGAAGCUUUCAACUUUCGUUUGCUAAUAAGAAAUUUGAAUCUCUAUAUAAAACUGAUUUAAAUGAGAAUAAUGUAAAGGAAUUUUUAAGAAGCUAAUCAAUAAUAAAUCGAAAUAACUAAAGUUCAUAUCGAAGUUUAAAUAAAUAAAUACAUAAAACAAUAAAUUUAGAAGAAUAUCUCUUUGAAUUGAUUUAACAGAAGGAAGAUUAUUUCAACUAAGAUAGAUUCUAAAUUGAAACUAAUAAUGGAAAAGAAAAAUAUUUAAUUGACAUUUUGAAAUUUGAAAAUCAUUAAACUCAUUUCUUUCUCUCUAUUAGAGAAAAUUAAGCAAGACAUUAAAUUGAAAAAUACGAAAAUAUUAUAAAGGAAUUAAAUGAAAGUUUUAAAUCAGUACUUCUGGUAAUUGGAAACAAAUUUGAAGAGCUCUAUAAAUCAUUGUUAAAUCUUAAUGAUCAUUUAUAUAUUGAAAAUGAAAUUUUGAGGAAAUCUUAAAGUAAUAUUUAAUUUUCUUUAAACUACAUAAAGAAUCAUUUGAUAUAUUUAUAAAAAGGUAGGAUAUCAUUUUUAAAGUAAUAAUUUGAAACACUGACAAUUGAAAAACUUAACGACGCUUUGCUAGAUUACUAUAUAUAUUAUACUUAAUAACAUCGAAAGUAAUUUUUAUUAAACUGCUCAAAUGAUUUAGAAUUAUAAGUAAUUACAUUAAAUAGCAAACUCUUAACGUAGCUUUUAAUUAAUAUUUUUAAUAAGAUUUUGAAGAUAUCCGAACCUAAGAGCUGUAUUCAAUUAUCAAUUGAUAAAUAAAAUGCUUAACAAAGUUCGACAAAUGAUAAAAAUGACUAGCCUAAUCAAGAUCUUAAACUAAUAUAGUUUUCUUAUAUUUUUGAACAUAAAGAUCAAAUUGAAGAUAUAGAAUCAUAAUUUUAUCAAUCAAUUAAUUUAGAUUCUUCAAAAUCAUUUGAAAUUGAAUGCAUUGUGAAUCGAAUCAUUUUGAAGAUUCUUAGCCCUUAAAGCUCUAUCUAAAUUUAAUCAAUAUAUUAAUAAGGUUUAUAGAAUUACAAGACAUUCUUAAUAUUUUAUAUUUAUACUGAUUAAACUUAAUUGGACCCUUCUUUUACUAAAUAUAUUUAACAAAAUUUUGAAUAUUGA